AUUUUGAAUUUAAAUAUAUUUUGGAUUUAAAUUUAAAAAAUAACAAAUAAUACUCGCCGGACCUCGAUCUGUCGAAGCUUCCGAGGGCUCAGCAGCCGAAGAAUCAAUAGAUGAAGGUUCGGUCGAUGCUUCCGAUGAGCAUACGUUGUAAUACAUGCGGAAAUUAUAUAUGUGAAGGCACUAAGUUCAAUUUCCGCAAAGAAGAUGUUAUCGGCGAGACAUAUAAGGGAAUCCGAAUGCAUAGGUUUUAUUUCAAAUGCACCAAGUGCCCUGCUGAGAUGACGAUAAAGACUGAUCCGCAAGAUAAAAAUUAUGUUGCUGAAUUGGGUGCAAGAAUAAAUUUUGAACCUUGGCGUGCUGAAGAUGAGGAAGUGGAGAAAGAGAAACAGAAAAGGAAAUCUCAAGGAAUGGGUGAUGCGAUGAAAUCUUUGGAGAACUGAACGUUG